AUGGAGCUCUUCGAGGCGCCAAACCAGUACCCACUCGGCCGCUACGUCAGCAAGAAGGGCGGCAACCCAUCCCCCCAUUUGCUCGACCCGGCGGAGAUCAAGGCGCUCGCCUUCCAGACGCUCAUGGUGCUGGCGUGGCUGCACGAGAAGGGCAUGGCGCACAGAGAUCUGCAGCCCGACAACCUCUUCGGCGACCGAUCGAGAGUCUUCACCGACCUGGACGCGGUCAAGCUGAUUGACUUCGGCUUCGCGACUCACCCGGAUGGGGACGACUGGCAGCAGGAGGGGGAGGGGGAGCUGGUGGGGACGCCGGGGUACUACACACCAGAAGGGGUCUUCAAACAGGCCUUGAUGGCCAUGAACCCCGACGCCGGUAAGGAUGAGGAUACUGGCAAGACAAGAGACUGUGAUAAGAAGGGGUCAUUCAUUCCUUGUGUGAUGGCGUCUCUCUCUCUCUCUCUCUCUCUCUCUCGUGUCUCUUUGUGUGCAGACUUCUCGAUUCUCAGGCGCAACAGCCCCUUUGAAGCCGACAUCUACCAGUUCGGCCAGCUCUUCUACGAGGCUCACAUCGGUGAGCCGCUGUACGAGGUGCCGGCCAACUAUGGCCGUCCGGGGGGCAUGACGGAGGAGGAAUACUUCACAAAGGAGGCGGAGCGUCACGCCCAUUUCAUGGGCCUGCCCGGGGAGGCCGAGAUGCCCCAGAUGGAUAGGACGGUGGGCCAGGUGGAUUUGCAGCUGCCCUGGCUGAUCACACCGCCCCACACCGAACAACACCACAAGAGUAUGAUCCGCAACUGGACCGCUAGAGCGCUGGAUGAGACGGCCGUCGAUUUCUACUCCAAUCAAGUGAGUGGCGGGGAGAGAGAGAAGAGAGAUUACAGAAUGUACCUUUUGUCGUUCUCAUGUCUCCCCGUCUGUCUGUCUGUCUGUUCGUCCGUCUAUCUGUCUGUUUGUUUGUGGCCUCCUUUUGUAGGUGUCUCUGCUUCGCCCCACAGCGCUGGAGCGCCGCACAGCUGCUAUCGCAUGAGUACUUCAACGAUCCGGCCCUCACACAGCUCAAGACUGCGUACGCCGACCGCGGCUUCCCGGUUGAGGAUCUGCUGCCGCCCCCAACCCCCCCGGCAGACCAGCCGCCCCCACCUGCAGACCAGCAACCGCCCCGGCUGCUGACCCUGUCCAUGUGCCUGUCGCUGUGCCGGUGGCCCCUCCUGUUGGAGACCCUCCUGCUGCUGCUGCUGCUGCUGCUGUGGCCGUCGAGAUGCCACCUGUAGUGCCGAUCGCACCCCAGGUCCCACCACCUGCUGUGCUGCCGCCUGCCGACGUUGUCAUGCCACCAGCACCCCUUGCG